UAUCAGAUUAUUUUGUGAAGUUAAGAAUACAAGUUACACACAAGAAAGAAUAAUAAAACAACACGGUGAAAAAUGAAAACGUUCAUUUUUCUCGUUGUUAUAUCUAUUGUGCAACAAGCCUAUUUUAAACCCCUUGAAGAUGAUGUUCAGAUAUCCAAAAGAUCCAUUGCUAAAGGAUUGGGUAUGGAGAACUCUUUGAUGGGAUCAGAAAAAAUCGUAAGGAGAUCUUUAAAAACCGAUAGAAAUUCAUUUUUGACUGGGUCAGAACUUAUCAGCAAAAGAUCUGUGGAGGAUGAUAUUGUUCUUCGGGAAGAAAGGUCGGCUAAAUUAGAAGAAGAUAUGGAUACAGCUGCUAGUGGUGCUAUAUUUAUGCCAAGAUCGUUCAAAAGAGGAAAGAGAUCAGCUAAUCUAGAGGAUGAUAUGGAUACGGCAGCUAGUGGUGCCAUAUUUUUACCAAGGGGUUUCAAAAGAGGAAAGAGAUCAGCUAAUCUAGAGGAUGAUAUGGAUACGGCUGCCAGUGGUGCGAUAUUUAUGCCAAGGUCAUUUAAAAGAGGAAAGAGAUCAGUCAAUUUAGAUGACAUGGAUACAGCAGCUAGUGGUGCCAUAUUUUUACCAAGGGGUUUUAAAAGAGGAAAGAGAUCAGCUAAUCUAGAGGAUGAUAUGGAUACAGCUGCUAGUGGUGCGAUAUUUAUGCCAAGAUCAUUUAAAAGAGGUAAACGAUCAGUCAAUUUAGAAAAUGACAUGGAUACAGCAGCUAGUGGUGCCAUAUUUUUACCAAGGGGUUUCAAAAGAGGUAAAAGGUCAGCUAAUCUAGAUGAUGAUAUGGAUACGGCUGCCAGUGGUGCGAUCUUCAUGCCAAGAUCUUUCAAAAGAGGUAAACGAUCAGUCAAUUUAGAAGAUGAUAUGGAUGCAGCAGCUAGUGGUGCCAUAUUUUUACCAAGAGGUUUCAAAAGAGGUAAAAGAUCAGCUAAUCUAGAAGAUGAUAUGGAUGCUGCUGCAAGUGGUGCCAUAUUUUUACCAAGAUCAUUCAAAAGAGGAAAACGUUCAAUUGAAAUCAAUAAAUUUUAAGUCAUAAUAACUAUUUUAUCGAAAUAUUUAUAUCAACAUAUUAAAUAUUAAUUAUUAAAAUACUUGUUAUUUUUUUAUUAUUAUGUAGUUUUUAGAUUUUAUGUAUUU